ACCCAUUGAUACGAGAGCUAUGAGUAUAAACACUCGCCACGCUGUACAAGAGGCAAAUGCAUAACAUUAGCCAGUGUCUGGCGAUAGUGUCGCGUCAUGCCAUGCCGAUGACGAUAGUGAUCUCGGAUGAAUCGGUAACAACGACAAUCUGGUAAGAAGCCAUGGAUCGGAUUCUCAAAGGUGUGAUGAGGUACAGAAAGUGCCACAGGGAUGUCAUGGUCAAGCAGUUCCAGCAAGUCAAGGAUCAUCCCGAGCCCCAGGCGGUGUUCUUUACCUGCAUGGACUCCAGGAUGAUUCCAACUAGGUUUACGGAAACUAAUGUUGGAGACAUGUUUGUUGUUAGAAACGCAGGCAACAUAGUACCACAUUCCCAUCAUUUCGAUGACGAGCUGACAAUGUGCGAACCAGCUGCGCUAGAGCUUGGCUGCAUCGUCAAUGACAUAAGGCACGUUAUCGUCUGCGGACACAGCGACUGCAAGGCCAUGAAUUUGCUGUACGCCCUGAGGGACGAGAAUUUCGCGUCACAAGCGAACAGGCGACUGUCACCACUGCGCGCCUGGCUGUGCGCCCACGGUACCAGCAGCCUCGCCAAGUUCCAGCAGCUGGAGAUCACCAACUUCAAGGAGCCGCUCAUGUUCCAGGCGGAGACGCCGAUGCGGCGCUUUGUCGCUUACAUCGACCCGGAGAACAAGUUUGCCGUCGAGGACAAGCUCUCGCAGAUAAACACGCUGCAGCAGCUGCAGAACGUCGCGUCGUACGGUUUUCUCAAGCAACGCCUCGAAAAGCACGAUCUGCACGUGCACGCGCUCUGGUUCGACAUCUACACCGGUGAUAUCUACUACUUUAGCCGAGCUGGUAAGCGCUUCGUCGAGAUCAAUGAGAUGACGGAGACGCCUCUUCUCAAAGAAAUCAAAAAGUACUAUUCCUAAGAGUCCGUGGUUGUCUGCCAUGUGUUGUGUACCCAUAUACGCUUACCUCUGAUUUAAUUUUGAGAGGCUAAAAAGAAAUUGUAAUCAAAAUGAGGGCCUGUCUAGUUUUGUAAGAUUUGUUUCAUGUUUGUUUUAUAUUUUAUACUUGCUGUUUUUGCCGAUCGAACAGAGCACAAAGGAAUCAAAGUCAAUUUUAUUAGUCGAGUCUCAAAAUGCUUAGUGUACAAUAUACACGUAUGCACUAGCAAUAUUACAUGUGGAUGGAAAAAGCGAUUUUUGCGGAAUCACAAUUUUUUUCCUAUAUACAAGACAUGCGUGCCUUUUUUUUUUAACCUGAUAGCAUAAAGACGAAUAAACAAAAACCACUGGGUUUAUCAACGAGAACAAUAAAUGCAUUUACACUAGUUUUUAUCGUGAUUCACGUUGUUGUUGUUGUUGUUGUUGUUGUUGUACUUAACGUGUACACGUUUAAUCAGAAAAAUAUACAUACACAUGUGUGUGCACAUACAGUUAUUUUUUUUUUUUUUUAACAAA